UGUUUCCGACCCUGCCUGCCUCUGACCUGUCUUCGUCGUCUGUUUCCCGGUGAACUCACCACCCUUCUGUCCUUGACCAUGAGCUCUGCCUCAACAUCUCUGGUUUUCAUCUACCUGUGGCUGUGUGGUGUUUUCCUGCAACGACGAUUCAGCGUACGCAGGCGUAGCAAAGCAUGUAGAGCUGGACUGAAGGAGCAUGACGAGCUGGUUGCCAUUGGCGACCACAUGUGUGCAGAGCUCAGUCAUGCUCAGGCCAUGAGCCUCAUCGACACAGAGAGCUCAACACUCAACCUGAGGGUUAAAAGGGCUCCUCCUGGAUUCCACUGCUCCACGGGGGUCCUGUCUCCCCCCGCAGGCCCCUUGCCCUCCCACUGUUCCUCCAUCCUCUCCCCCAGGGGCGUCACUUCCCCUCCAGACAGUGAGGCGUACUACGGAGAGACAGACAGUGAUGCAGAUACACAGUCACUCACACACCGUCGCCAACGCCGCACACCUCCUCAUGCACGCUCACCUGCGCGCUAUGACAACCAAGAAGAGGAGGAGACCUCAGAGAUGAGCGGGUAUGAGAGCGCCACAGAUGUAGGCCUUUCUAUGCAGGGGCAGUGGGACGGUCAGGGUCUUGUCGGCGUCCCUCGCAGAGAGCUCAUCUACCAGCCACUCCAGACUGAGUGGACCACUCCAACACACACCCCACACACUUUAACCCCUCACACACUCACACCGACCCCUGAUCAGGGGUUAAUGGAAGCAGAGGGAGAAGGGGACAGUGGCUUCCAGGAGGCAGGAGGCUGCAUCGGGCUGGCCUGCCCACCGCUUGUGUCUCCAGAACGAGCGAAAGAGGCUUUGAUGUCGGGCUCUGGUAAACAUCUGGUACCUAUGGUGGGACCACAGCAGACCCCAGUCAGCGACGAGCUCUCCACCACCUACAUGGACAAAGCACGGCAAGCCAAGCUGCAGCGUGGGGAGAGUGUGGUGGAGAAACAGGUGAAAGAAGCUCGCACUAAAUGCCGCUCUAUUGCCUCAUUGCUGACUGAUGCUCCCAACCCCAACUCGAAGGGGGUGCUUAUGUUCAAGAAACGCCGGCAGAGGGCCAAGAAGUACACACUGACCUGCUUCGGCAAAGCUGAGGGAGACAGAGGAGGGGAGACAGAAGGAGACACAGGAGGGGAGACAGAGGAGGAAGGAGGAAGCUCCAUUCUGAGUGGAUCAGAGGUUGACGAAGAGGGAUUCUCUGCAUCGUUUGACCCUACGUGGGACACAGGUUAUCUAGACCUGCUGGACAGAAGAAGCUCUGCCUGCCCGUCAACCACACCAACAACUCCAACAACGCCAACAACCAAUCACAGCUCAGUGCUGGACAUCUCAGCUUAUCAGACACCAGGACUUUUGACCUCUGUCAGUCAAAGCCCAGGGUUGGAGGUCUCAGGGCCGGAGAGCUCAGCCUAUCAGGGCUCAAGGCUGGAGAGCAGCAUCACAAAGCAGCCAAUCAGUAAUCAGCCUGCACACAUGUCUCCUCCAGCUGUGGCCCUGACCAAUGGGGGGUUGGUGGCUGUGAGUCGGGCUAGUGUUGUUCUGAGACCGCCCUCUCAGACGCCCCUUCCAAGUCAAAACGGGCAACAUGGCAACCCUAAUCCCAGUCCGAACCCUAAUCUUAGUCCAGUCACAGACUCAGAUCAUCACGUGAAUCCAAGUGUUCUGAACCGCACCGCGCGCCCCUUCACCCCAGGCCCCGCUGCUCCUCGUGCGUCUGUAACCUCUGUUAUGUUUCGCCCCCCCCAACCCAAACCCACGGCCAUGACCAUGGCGACCAAACCUGUGGCGGCCGUCUCCAUGGUGACGAUCCAGCCUUCUCGCCUUCAGUCAGGGCCAGAUGCGAGAAGAGCGGUGUCUAGCACCUCCCUGUACAUCCCUCCAAGAAAUAACAACAGCAACACUCCCCCCUCUGUUAACUCGCCUCCCUCCUCUCUGUCUUCUGCAGCUUUCUCCCAGCCCGCCACAAAUCCGCACACAUUUUCCCCUCAGCCCGCAGCGUAUGCUCCCCCCUCCACCCCAUUCUCUUCGUCUGCUCAACCCUUCUCCUCUACAGCUCCACAGCAAUUCCCCUCUCCUCCUGCUCCUGCUUAUCCACCUCCCUCCACCUGCAUUCCUGCUUCUCCCAUCUCCCCUCCACAUCCCCCUGAUCUGACUCAGUCCUCCUUCCAUGCCCAGCCUGCUCCUCCUCCUCCUCCUCCUCCUCCCGCCCAACCUCCUCCAUCUCCAUCUGUCCACCCCUACAUCAACAUGACAGGUGCUGUGACUCCUGGUCCCCAUGCUGCCGUGGCAACCGCAUCACCUACCCAGGCUCCUGCCGCCGAUUCCCUGGCGACACGUGAGGAGCGCAUCUCGGUCCCUGCCGCUCGCACCGGCAUCCUGCAUGAAGCCCGUCGUCGUAGCAACAAGAAGCCGAUGUUCUGUGCAGUCCAGAACAAAGAUAUUAAUCCAAACCCAGACUUGCUGUCGAUGGUCCAGAACAUGGACGACCACUUUGGGAAAGUCACAGGCGCCGAGCCCGGAGCUGCGCCCAGCGGGGAGGCCGGGCAUGAGUCAGGGCCUGAGGAGGACUGGCUGAGGCUGGGGGCAGAGGCCUGCAACUUCAUGCAGGCUCAGCGAAGACCCAGGCCACCUCCUGUAGCUCCCAAACCCCAAACCCCUCAGGUGCCACAGCUGGCGGGGAAAGGAGGUGAGCUGUUUGCUCGCAGGCAGAACAGGAUGGAUCGCUACAUUGUGGAGCGAUCUCCCUCUGUCGCUGCAGCACCUUUCUCUCCCGCCCAGACGAGGGAGUCCUCGCCCACACCUUCUCUCCCUGCCACCUGGAAGUACUCAUCCAGCAUCCGUGCUCCUCCGCCCAUCAGCUACAACCCCCUCCUCUCUCCCUCCUGCCCUCUGAAGGCCCAGAAGAAGCCUGAGGUGUCAAAGACAAAGUCUGGGCCAGCUGGAUCUAAAGGUCAGAAAGCCGGCCUCAAGUCCGUGGAUGUCAUGAGCCACCAGCCCUACCAGCUCAACUCUACUCUGUUCAGCUAUGGGGGCGGGGUUCCCCAGCACACCUCUACCUAUCAGCAGCAGGGAGGAAUGACAAGUGGUCCUCAGAAGACAGCACGGGUGUAUGAGGUGAAGCGCUUCUCCACGCCGCCGCCAAUAUCCACAGGGCCCGCACUCAAAGUUGUUGUACCCCGAUCAGCUACAACACUUGGAGAGCCACUGUGGUGCUCUGAUGUCACAUCUCCCCCACCCACAGUUGGCCCCACCCCCUACCAACCCUACCAGCCUCAACCCCAACCUCAGUGGGCCACCUCCCCUCUGUCUCCCCCACCUCCCCCUGCCCCUACUGCUCCACUCCCUCAGCUCCCCACCUUCUCUGCUGCCCCUGCUCUAGUCCAGUCUCCAACUUUUUUGCACCUUCCACCCUCCAGCAACACGCAGGCCAACAGGCAGUUUAAGAGCGCCCCAGAUCUGAGUCCCGUCGGCCCCGCUGGUGCCUCUCGGCCAGCAUCCAGCAGCACUCACCCGAGCAGAGUCCCCAGACCCAGGUUCAGCACCUCCAACCUGGGUCUGCAGCCUUGCGUCUGGCGCCCUGGAUCCACUACGCACUAAAGCGACUCUGCUGCGGACAUGAUUAACCACGGCUCUGUGGGAACACGGAGCAACAUUUUUUAAAUGUGUUUUAAGUAUUGUAAUAUUGUUAUUCAGAUCUUCAGCUUGGGGAUUUACCAGCCACGUUUUUAUCACAAGAUCUGUUUGUAUCAGCCACCCAUGUAGCACAUUUUCUCACUUAAAUUUAAUCUUGUUGACUCAUUUAUUCAAAUGAAUUUGGCUGCAGUUAGAGGGAACACUGUUUUGCAAAGGAAAUGUGAUCUGGAAACAAGAGAAAAGUAAAAAAAAAAAAAAAAAAAGGGAUCAACGGCAGAUUGAAAGGGACAGAAAGAGACACGGGGAAGCUGGAAUAAAGUUCUGUAAAUACUGUAUUGAAUGAUAAAGAAUUAAGUGUAAACAUAAAAAAAGAAGAAUAGAGGAUGUGACAAGACAA